AUGACGUCAGGCAAACACCCUGCAAUCACCUAUGUCUUCGAAGCAGAUGAAACAGAGGGCAUUCAAGAAAGCGCAAAUUUAGAAAACGAUUCGGACGUGGUGAAAAGAAGACGACCGGAACCUACGCCCAAGAAAAGUUCUUCAUUUCGUAUAAACACGAUCAGAGCAAAGACUGACAGACUGGCCGGUGGAAUGAACGCCACGCAGAUGAUGGACAACCCUAUCUGUGUCCCGCCUGAUAAAUCUUACAGAGCAAACUACGUGUCUUCAAAUAAGCUGAAGCGUCAGGGAUGUGUUGUGGGAGAGGAGGGAAUUUAUGAGAAUAUCAAGAGCCGUAAAGGUUGCUAUGGGGAAAUACACGUUUUCAUGGUAGCAGAUGUGGAUACUAUCCCUGUAGUUGGAGGAAAUACAACCCUUAUAUGCACCUACUCACCCAAGGCCCCCGAUCGCGAAGUACGAUUGAAAGAUGGAAGUGAUUCCCCUCUGGCAUCACUGGACUGCGAGAAUGGGAUAUGCCAGAUGCCGCCAAACGAGGUGUCUAUUAAAGGAGAUCUGGUGAGAAAUUUGACAGCCAAUGAAACCACGGAUGUGACCUGCAUAGCUAAGGGCGCCAGACCUCCUGCUUCACUUCAGUGGAUCAUCCCGAAGUCCGUACAAUUUUCGUAUAUCACGAGGCAGACCAAUGUUAUAAGAGAAAACUCUUACGUCUCUUUGAGGAAGGAGAGCCUGAGACCGUCUAGGGAUGCCCAUGGAGUGAGACUCAUUUGCAAAGUGUUGCAUCCACAACUUCACGAACCUAUUGAGAAAUCAGUUCUUCUCAACGUUGAAGCCCCACCAACUUCCGUAGAGAUCUCCAUACCAUCAAGACCGAUCAGAGACGAUGGAACCGGCGUUCAUAAUAUCAUCAUCUUCAAAGGCACCCUCACCAACAUCACAUGUACCAGCAAUGGGUCUCGUCCAGUUGCCAAUAUUUCAUGGACACUGAACGCCAACGAAAUCAGCAAUGACGUCACAUCUCACUUUACGUAUAACCCAGUAGAUGAUAGCUUUUAUGAUACGACAAGUGUAAUGCAAAUUCAACCAGCAAGGCGCCACCAUAAUCAGGCUCUACGCUGUCUGGCUAGGGUUGGCAAGACCCAGCUUGAAACAGAAGCGAGGUUGCUUGUUUAUGAGACUUCGGACCCUCCAGAGAUACAUUUCCCUAAUAAACUGGUGGAGGGCGAUGUUACCAAUGUCACCUGCUCAACAGACAAUGGAUACCCACAACCUUUGAUCCGCUGGUAUAUAGGAUCCAGGAACAUCACCAACCAAUCUUGGCCAAAUCAAAUACCUAGUGACCAUGGAAGAGCUGACAUCACGAGUGUACUCGAGUUUACACCAGCGAAAUCGGACAAUGGAAGGAACCUGACAUGUGAAAUCAUACAAGAAAUGACAUUCACUGCUUCACCUAGACAGUCUCAGAAAGCUCGGAAGACUCUUGACAUUCUUUAUCCGCCUGUCAUUCAUGAACUUACUUUUCGGCAAUUGGUCACCGAUGUUACUUUCACUUGCCGAUCAGAUGCCAGCCCGCCUGCCUCCCAAUUCACCUGGUUUCGUAACGGGUCAAGUUUGGACGCCAGCAAUGGACACCAACAGCAACGUACUGAUCAUCACGAGGGGAAUACAACAUCCUCAAGCAAGUUAACCAUUCAACAUGUUACUACGUCUGAUCAAGGGAAAUAUAAGUGCGAAGCGUCAACGAAUCUUGGUCGUGGCAGCUCGGCUAUCAACUACACAUUUGCUUCUACUCCACAGGCGCCAUCUAACCUUAUAGUACAUCAAAAGCAGACGACAUUUUCGACCAUCACUGUCGCCUGGCAACCGGGCUUCUAUGGCGGGGUCCAACAAACCCAUGCCCUUCAAUGCUGUACACACGAAAAACAAGAUCCGGAUCACGAAGAGUGUUAUCAUCAAACAGGCAUAAAUAGUACAAAUUAUACUCUACGGAGUCUAAAGCCAUACACCCGUUACGAAAUUAUUUUGUGGUCUGCUAACAGCGCGGGAAAUAGCAGUCAGAGGAAGAUCGUUGCUUCUACAGCACCAUUAACACCAAUACAAUAUGGAGUAUAUAUCACCCGGAAAAAAUCGGAGGAAAUUUUGACCAUUUCGAAUACAGACCAACCCAUAGAGGACCUUUGCUUUGUCAUCUUGCGGAAUAGGUCCGAAUGUUCCUCUCUGAAUGAAACAAAGUGCUUUGACCCUGGCACUAAGGUCAACGACAUAGACCCGGAUGAUGACCUAGCGGUGGUGACCUUUGGCAGGGGCUUGUGCAGUGAACCUUCAAAUUCUAUAGGCAUGAUAGAGGCGGCAGCAUCAAAAAUUCCGUUUUUCUUGGGCAUCAUUUGGUGUGUGGUAGCAGCUUCUAUUGUCAUCCUGCUACUCUCAUUGGGGCUGCUGUUCUCUGUAAGACGUUGUUUCUUUAUCAAGAAGACCGAUAAUCCAAGAACAGAAAUAGUUAGUCGACCAAGAGAUUCCCAGACCUUGGUGGAUGGGAAUCAAGUGUCUAGCAACAUCAGUCAACAAGAACAUAACUUAUCCGUCAGAGCUUUACCUGCGAUUCCCAAACCCCGAAUAACUCACACAUACAAUACCACAGUUCAACCUGAAGGGGACAAUGAAGACCAAAGGGUAGAAAGUGUGGCAGAAGGAGAUGAGGAGGAGUUUAAGCCGGUAAUUCCUGACAUAGCAUCCACCUCCCAGAAGAGGAACGAAGAUGGGUUAGUUUACAUCGAUCUCUCACACGACCGUACCGACCGCCCAUUACCAACUCAAAGAAGAUUUACAGGCGGCAUAACUUACGCAUCUCUCGACCGUGAAGCAAUGACCGCCCUCAAGACAAAUGGAAACAUACCAAGCCCUGCGAUGCCCAAUGAAGACAGCUUAGUCCGCACUGAUCGAAAUCGAGAUAGUGACAUUGCCCAUGUUUCGGGCUUGUCCGAAACUGAUCAUGCCGAUGAAACGGUAACCGAAAAAUCUGUCGUAACAACCGCAAAUAAAUCAAAUGACAAAGGCGCAAGGAAGAUGGACGUCAUUCAAGAAACCUCUGUGGCGUUACCAGUUACCAAGCGAUUAGAUGAGGAUGGUAUGAUUUACCUCGAUAUUUCCCAUAACAGCGUGCGCUAUCCAAGACCAGCCCUGGAUCGAUCUCGAGAAGGUACUGUCUAUGCAUCACUCGACUAUGAUGUCAUGGAAACCCAUCAGAAGGAGAACGCUAGCCCCUCUUCAUCGACCAAAAGAGAUCCAGAAGACCUGGUCACAGAAAACGAUCUACUUUACAUUAAUAUUUCCCAAUAAUAAAACACCCCUGCUGUGUGACGUAUCCUCCCAGACCAAAUUCUUCCCAAUUGACUUCAAGCCUUGCCACAUCAGUUAAAAGCAGGAAUGGGACAAGGAGAGGGAUGCCACCCAAUCACGUUUCUGUAUAUACGCACGACCCACCAGAAAACUAUCGUUUGGCAAGAGCCGGUCAUUUCUUCCAUACGUCUUGUAUCCGUGGAACAAUAAUUUUGCAUUACCACGGGAUUAAUUCUGCUGCUCGGCUGCCCUUUGUUGGACACUUGCUUGUACUUUUUAUUCUUCAUAUCAUAUCUUGAAUCUAUCAAAGAAUACAUAUUUUUAGUGGUAGUUGUGCCCUUGUGUUGAACUACAAGUUCAACUCUCUUCACCAUCAAGCAGAUUAAGAGGAUUUUUUCACAGAAUGUAUGUAAAUAUGUAAUUUAUAGAAAUGGUAGACAAAAUAUGGAUGGGGAUAGACUAUGUUUCCGUGACUGAUCACAGUGAACACGGAACCAUUGGAACCAGUUAUAUCGAUAAUUCCAAAUAAAAAUGUAUAGAAAAUUUAUCACAUUUAUGUUUUGUAAAGCAAAUACAUAUUUUUCUAAAUAUAGUGU